CAAUCACUCAUAACUACACUUUUCCUCUACCACAGUUACUAAACUAUCUCUUUCCCUUUUCUUUUGUACUGGUUUUAAGUAUAUAUAGAUCCUCCUUUUUUGGAAGUGAACACAUCACUUGCAAGCAAUAAUGGCUACUACACCAUCAAUCGAGGACAUCAGAAAAGCUCAGAGGGCCCAUGGUCCGGCCACCAUCUUAGCCAUUGGCACCGCCACCCCUGCCAACUGGGUUGAUCAGGCUGAUUAUCCUGAUUACUAUUUCAGGAUCACCAACAGUGAACACAUGACUGAUUUGAAAGAAAAAUUCAAGCGCAUGUGCGAGAAGUCGAUGAUCAGAAAAAGACAUAUGCACGUAACUGAGGAGAUUCUGACGGAGAAUCCAAAUUUGAGUGCAUAUUGGGAGCCGUCGCUUGACGUCCGGCAAGACAUUGUGGUGGUGGAGGUGCCUAAAUUAGGCAAAGAAGCGGCCGCAAAAGCCAUUAAAGAAUGGGGCCAACCCAAAUCCAAGAUCACCCACCUUAUCUUCUGCACCACUUCCGGCGUCGACAUGCCCGGUUGCGACUACCAGCUCACCAAACUCCUCGGCCUCCGUCCCUCCGUCAAACGUUUCAUGAUGUAUCAGCAGGGUUGCUUCGCCGGAGGUACGGUCAUUCGUCUUGCAAAAGACUUAGCUGAGAAUAACAAAGGUGCUAGGGUUCUCGUUGUUUGCUCGGAGAUAACUGCGGUUACUUUCCGUGGUCCGUCGGAUAAGCAUUUGGAUUCUUUAGUCGGCCAAGCUUUAUUCGGCGACGGAGCUGGGGCUUUAAUUAUUGGGGCGGAUCCUGACACGACAAUUGAGCGUCCGCUUUUUCAAGUUGUCUCGGCGGCUCAGACGAUUCUCCCGGACUCACACGGUGCUAUUGACGGUCACUUACGUGAAGUAGGGUUAACGUUUCACUUGCUUAAAGAUGUACCCGGGCUGAUCUCGAAGAACAUAGAGAAAAGCUUAGUGGAAGCAUUUUCUCCGAUUGGUAUUAAUGACUGGAACUCUAUCUUCUGGGUAGCUCACCCGGGCGGUCCGGCGAUUCUUGACCAGGUCGAGUUGAAACUCAAUUUAAAACCAGAGAAAAUGAAAGCUACACGACAAGUUCUAAGUGAAUAUGGGAAUAUGUCUAGUGCAUGUGUGUUGUUUAUUUUGGAUGAAAUGAGGAAAAAAUCAGUUGAGGAAGGAAAAUCCACCACCGGAGAAGGGCUGGACUGGGGUGUACUAUUCGGGUUUGGGCCGGGUCUAACGGUGGAGACGGUGGUUCUGCACAGUGUCCCAACAGAGUCGGUAAUUCACUGAGGUGCAGCUGGAAGAGGACUUGAAGUGAUGGAGGGCAAAGUUGGAACUGAAAAUUGUUAUUAUAAAAUAAUGAGAAGACAAGCUUGUUGAAUUAGUAGUGGGAUUAGUACUGAAGUAUAAGCAAUUAAGUUUGUUAAAAUUGAACUUUUUUUUACUGUGUAUUUUCAUUUCUGCUGUAUGCAACUGCUGUUUCUAUCAAAAAAUAUAUGUAACAAUAUUAUUCAAAAAUUAAUGAAAUGUGAUUAUUAUAA